AUGGUAAAGCUCAGACAGCAGGAUCUAUUCAUAGGUGCAGGGUGCCCUCCUAUCUCACAUCUUUUCUUUGCUAAUGAUAGUUUGCUUUUCUUUAAAGCAAAUAUCCAGGAGGCUAGUGUGGUGAAACAAUGUUUAGCAAGGAAUACUGGGGAGGAUAUGAGAGAGGAAGUGGCAGCGUGUUUGGGUGUGGAACAGGCACGGAAUUUUGGCAAAUAUCUGGGGCUACCUUCUUUUAUAGGGAGGAAUAAAAGAGUUGUUUUCUCAUAUGUGGAAGACAAAAUCAGACAGAGAGUUACUUCGUGGAAUAAGAAACUGUUAUCGCAGGCUGGUAAAGAAGUGCUCUUGAAAAGUGUGGCCCAUUCUAUGCCAACUUUUUCAAUGAGUGUUUUCUUGCUCCCUGAAUCGGUCUGCUUAUCUAUACAGAGAACCAUGAACAGGUAUUGGUGGGGGAAAGGCCCCGACAGAGGAAUUCAUUGGAAAGUAUGGGACAGGUUAUGUGUCCCUAAGAAGUUUGGUGGUUUGGGUUUUAAGGAUCUUCGGGCAUUCAAUCUCGCGAUGCUGGGAAAACAGGUUUGGCGUUUUCUUACUGAUCCCGGAUCCCUGGCGGCAAGGGUGUAUAAAGCAUGGUAUUACCCUAAAACUUCCUUUGUUGAUGCGACAAUAGGACAUAAUCCCAGUUUUUGCUGGCGGAGUAUUAUGGCAGCUCAUAAUCUCGUUUGUGUUGGUGUCCGAAGAAGGAUUGGGAACGGCUCAACUACUCUUAUUUGGGGACACCCGUGGUUACAGGAUAAUCCUAGUCCACUUGUUCAAACGAUAAUGCCUGAUGCUUUACGGAAUGCAGUAGUGGUAGGGCUAAUAGAUCAACAGACCAAAAAGUUGGAUCCUCAUAUUUUGACUGAUCUUUUCGAGCCGGGAGAUGUGGAUCGUAUACUAAAGAUACCAAUCAGUCCUGAUUAUGAUGAUACAUGGUAUUGGCUCAAUGACCCAAAGGGACUCUACACUGUUAAAGAUGCCUAUAGAAGACUAAUGGGGGAGUUUCAACAUACCACGGGGGAAUUUGAUAAAUGGGUAGCACUAUGGAAAAUGAGAGUUCCACCCAAGUGGAAAACUUUUUUGUGGAGAGCUGUGUGCGAUAUACUCCCUACCACAACCAAUUUGAUUAUAAAGAGAGUUGAUGUGGACCCAACAUGCACAAUGUGUGGCCUCACACAUGAGAAUGUUAUGCACUCAUUAGUUUUAUGUGAUUAUUCUAGAGCUGUGUGGAAUGUUUCGGGGCUGCCCAUUAUGAAUAUUAUUUCUCAUUCUUUUGCAACUUGGCUUAUGGCUGCUAUGGAUAUGCUCACAGGCGACCAAGCCCGGCGUCUCGUAGCACUACUCUACUACUUGUGGAUGGCCAGGAACGAAGCUGUGUGGGAAGGGGCGUUGAGGAUGCCGGUUGUGGUCUGGCAGCGCGCUGUCUCGGCGGAAAGAAGCUACACGGCGGCCCAUGCUUGGGCUGCUCAGACAACGCCGGCAGUCGUUGUACCGGUUGUGGCGGCCUAUCGGCCGAAGUGUCAUAUCGAUGCAGGCUACGAUCCGGCAACCGGCCAGGCCACGUACAGGGCAGUCUUGCUCGAUCACGAUGGCACGUUCAGAGCUGCGGCCAACGGGAAGCUUCCGGGAUGUUUUUCGCCUCUCAUGGCGGAGGCGCUGGCCUGCAAAGAAGUCUUGUCCUGGCUUAAGGAUCGAAACGAGGUUGAGGUGGAUAUUCUGACGGAUUGUCUCAUGUUGAAGAAUGUCAUUUGCUCGGUAGCUACGCCGAAUUUAUCUUACGUUGGGAUCGUGGUAGACCAAUGUAGGGUAGCUAUCAACAGUUUUAAUUAUUGCUCGCUCAGUUUUAUUACUAGAACAUUUAAUCUACAUGCUCAUACACUAGCUAGAUUAGCCUAUGAUCAGGAUCAGCCUAUGUAUUGGGACUUGGUCCCUCCUAACCCUAUCGUUCAAUUCUUGAUAUAA